GUUCUAAACUUUAGUUGUAUUUUAUUAAAGUUGUCUCUUUUUUGCUUUAUAAACUAAAAAGAUGGAUGCAGUGAAUAGAUUAGGAGAAGAGAGUCCUGUGGUGAUAUUCAGCAAGAGCAAUUGUUGCAUGUCACACAGUAUUGAAACCCUAAUUCGUAAUUUCGGGGCGAAUCCAACGGUGUAUAAGCUUGAUGAAAUUCCAAAAGGGAAGAAAAUGGAGAAAGCUUUGAUUGAAAUGGGUUGCAAUCCGAGCACACCAGCUAUAUUUAUUGGGAAGGAGUUUGUUGGUGGUUCUGAUGAAGUAAUGAGUCUGAAUGUCAAGGGCAAGUUGAAGGAUUUGCUCAUUAAGGCUAAUGCUAUUUGGAUAUAAAACUAGCUUUAGAACUAUGACUGAUCACGUACGUAUAGGUGUUUAAUUACAUGCAGUUCUUUCUUCUUU